CAGUAGAAGCCAGCAGACCAGCCCAUCCAACUCUCUCUUCCUCUCUCCUGAAGCCCGACCCGGCAGUUGACGCCCAGCUCCAACAACACCGGUGAUCCCCUCCUCCGGCGUCGGCGACCUUCCUCAGCUAUCGUCCCCGCGUCGCCCUCCACAUCCACCUUUUCUUUUGUUCCGACGUAGCCAUGAAUUACAUCAUCGGCGCCUUCAAGCCGCCCUGCGACAUCUUCGUGACCUUUUCCGAUGAGAGGAGCCGGAAGCAGGUUGCAGUCAAGAAGGAUAAUGGAAAGACAACCAUGGUGCCGGCGUUCCAGAGCCUGGAGACCAUAGCCGGAGAGGUAUCAAUAGCGCCUGUUCCUGGUAAAAGGAUUGAGCACAUGGGUGUUAAGAUUGAGCUGCUUGGACAGAUAGAGUUGUAUUUCGACAGAGGCAACUUCUAUGACUUCACUUCACUGGUGCGUGAGUUAGAUGUUCCUGGUGAAAUAUAUGAAAGAAAGACAUAUCCAUUUGAGUUCUCUACUGUUGAAAUGCCAUAUGAGUCAUACAAUGGAACAAAUGUCAGACUGAGGUACAUCCUGAAAGUGACUAUUGGUAGAAACUAUGUUGGUAAUAUUGUGGAAUCUCGGGAUUUCUGUGUAAGGAACUAUUCUCCUCUUCCUUCAAUCAAUAACAGCAUCAAGAUGGAAGUUGGAAUUGAAGAUUGCCUGCAUAUUGAGUUUGAGUACAGCAAAAGCAAGUACCAUCUCAAGGAUGUCAUUGUAGGAAAGAUCUAUUUUCUUCUAGUCAGAAUAAAGAUAAAAAACAUGGAGCUUGAGAUUCGCCGCCGGGAAUCAACAGGAUCAGGUCCUAACACAUAUGUUGAGACUGAGACACUUGCUAAAUUUGAGCUGAUGGAUGGUGCCCCAGUCAGAGGAGAGUCUAUUCCUGUAAGGCUAUUCUUGACUCCAUACGAGCUAACCCCGACUUACCGCAACAUAAACAACAAGUUCAGUGUCAAGUACUACCUCAACCUGGUCCUUGUGGACGAGGAAGACCGGAGAUACUUCAAGCAGCAAGAGAUAAACAUGUUCCGCCUUGACGAAACUCCACAGCCUUCAUAAACUUCAACCGCUGGGAACCUGGCCUGAAUGGUGUUGCAAGAAUUAGCAAUUUGGCAUCCUGUUAUGCUGUAUAUAACUCUCCAGGAGAGCAUGCAGUGCAGUUCCAAUGUACCGUGGCGCUGUCACUUGUUACGCCUUUUUCAUAGCAAUCUGGUUAGAUACAAUCACUGAAAUGCUGGAUUGCUGACUUUUGGCCAUUUUCAUUUCGGCCCUCUUGUGAGACAUUUUUUUCCUUAGACGCUUGUGAAGCAUCUUGAGAUAACCAAUUGUAUUUGAUAUUUGCUUCAUCUACUA